AUGGCUAUUGACCACCAAAGCGUCAUCAGUUUCGGGGUUUUGAUGCUAUUGAUCCUGUCGGGAUGCAGCGUUUCCCUGGGUCAGAAUAUCACUUACGUGGGAUUCAACAUCACCGCUGCCACCACCAACACACUGAACGGACAAAAGACCGUGAUUCUCUCCGGCGUCGAUCUACCCAACGCCGGAUGGCUGACGGGAUUCCUUGUUACCACGGACGCCAACUGUUCCUUCCAGCUGCAGCUUUGGAGACGUAUCACGCCCCAGAACCACGCCCUCCUCUUCACCACGGCGGAGCUGUCCUUCCUCAAUGACGGACAACAGCAGGUAGACCUAGGACUUGGAAACGCAAUCAGUCUAACAGGAUCCGAAAUAUUGGGGUUCACCGCGACCAGCCUCAAAGAAUGUGUGACCUUCAACUUCGUCAUCAACCCGCUAUCCUCGACCUUGACUUACAUGUUCACUCAGACUCCAACGGUUAGCAACAUUUACACAUUUUUACCGUACCAGGAUACCAAUCACUAUGGCAUCAUGGGAAUUAUACAGGAUACGCAACCUUCCACCAUUGCUUAUUUCGGGUUUAACACCACCUCUACUGAUGUGUUGCUACCUUCUGCCUCGGGAAUCGGCGUGAUGUUGCGUGAUACAGACCUAAUGUUUGGACGCCUUGUCGCCUUUCACGUUAACAUAUUGGGCAACGACUGCCAGGUCUACUUCCAGUUGUGGACGACUGUGGACGCAUUGUCGUUGACUUUUAGGAUGAAGUAUACGACAUCGUUGCAGAACUUUACUGCGACAGGGUACUACGUGGUCGAUGUUCCAGAUCCCGUUGUUGCAACCUCAAUUGACCGAAUUGUUUUCGUGGACAUGUCGCCAACACCAUGUGUGGUUUUUGAGUACACUUCCAACCCCACACGAUUCUCCCUAUCUGGCUCACGCGACUUCCGGUUUGGAAUAGCGAUCGAGGGAAUGGAGGCUAUAUUCAGUCACUUCCAAGUCACACACAGAUUCUCUGUCAUGGCUGAAAUUGACGCACUAAUACCUCCACCGGUGACUGGUGUGACCGGAGACCGGGGAACCCGGGGAAACACUGGCCCCGAGGGAGUUAAUGGACUGCCCGGGUCUACAGGCGUGGCCGGUACUGUUGGACAAACAGGAAAUACUGGAAUAACGGGAACUGUCGGAGGCAAUGGAGUUACAGGUCCCACAGGUCCAGUGGGGCCAACGGGGUCUCAAGGACUCCUAGGAAACAUUGGAAUUCUAGGACAAAAUGGAGCAAACGGAGAGACAGGUGUCACCGGCAUAGCUGGACCCCGGGGUCCUCCGGGGCAGACUGGCGUACAGGGCUCGCUAGGAAUACACGGCAGUCCAGGUCAGAUUGGUAACAUUGGCGAAGGGGGCGACAGUGGAAGGAAUGGUUUAGAAGGGCUUCAGGGAAACAAGGGCGCGACAGGGACUGCGGGUGUAACAGGAGUGAAUGGACCACUCGGGGACACAGGACCAACUGGAUCCCAAGGGGCUGUAGGUGAAGCCGGUGUUGCAGGACCCUCUGGAAUGCAAGGCCCAGCCUGGGAUCCGUUUGAUGUGAAUUACUGCGCCCUACACACCGUUGACUGUGACCAUGGCUGUACGAACGGCCCCCUCGGGUACACGUGUACCUGCCGAAGAGGCUACAACAUGCUUAGAAACGGAAAUUGUCAAGAUAUAGACGAGUGUAUUACAAGAAAUGGGGGAUGUCAGUAUUUCUGCCAGAACACCGCCGGAAGUUACGUCUGUUCCUGUCCACAGGGAUACCUGCUUGCGAACGACGAACAUAGAUGUGACGAUAUCAACGAAUGUCUUGUUAAUAAUGGUGACUGUUCCUCAAACCAAAUUUGUAUCAACACGUGGGACGGUCACGUGUGCGUAGGUCCAUACACAGCUACCCCUGUCGCAUCAGGUCGAACCACAGGUGACGAGAUGUUGACCAGUUCUAUGUUUGUGGGCUUAAUCAUUUGGAUGGCUGUUGUUACAUUUACCAUGAUCUUGGAAGUGGUAAUACUACUUCCUGAACUCAACCGCCGGUCUCGCCGAUUGGAGUCGCCACCAUCAGCUGCCCCAUCUGUUGUGAUUGAGGACCACAAUCCGGAAUUCUUUUUCCCCACAUUCUUCCCGCGCGUUCGCCUUGGAGUCAGAGACUAUUACAGUAACGCAAGGUCAGAGACCACCGAGAAACGUGUACGUUAG